UUGCAAUGGAGGUAGGUACCGAAUAGCCAGACUCAUUUAUGAGUCCCAGCCCCUCCACUAUGCUAUAUUCAUUCCCAUCUCCAGUUUGCUCUUUAUCAAACAUCAACUCAGAAAUCUCAUCAUCCAUCUCCAUUCCUCUCUACCUCUAAAACCGUAAUUAUGGAAGGUGCUUCUGCCAACAUGUACACCAAGCUCAGAGGCUACUGGAGGAGGAGAGGCUACCAGAGAUUAAAUGAAUCCGGUCGCAGGCGGAGGAAUCAGGUGGAGCUCGGUUCUACCAGGAGGAGAAGAUUCUGGCGGAUCAAGAUCAAACCCAAGCUUAAAAUUCUUAAAAUAUCUUCUCCUAAGAAGUUUUUCGUUUGGUUACGCGACGCCUAUGUCAAGAUGAUGCUGGGAUUCGCUAACUCCCGGGUGAUUGGAGCAGGAGGCUACGGUGCUGGAGUACCGAAUGGAAUCCCCGCCUUCGGGAAAGGCCCACUCAAGGAGUACGAUGAUAAGAUGAUCAUUGAGAUCUAUAAGUCGUUGGUGAUGGCGCAAAGCCAAUUAGUUCCCCGCGACACAAACAAGCUUGCCCCCAUAUCUAGACUCGCUGCAAUUGUAGAAUAGUGAGUAUGGCCUUCACGGGCAACAAUAAAAUUCGGGUCACCUAUCAAAAAGAACGCAGAUUCUCUCAUGAAAUCAGCGUUUUUUAUUAUCAUCAUUAAGAUCUUGCAACUGUAAUAAUUAGAUUUUUCAGUUUGGCAAUUAGAUUUGUUUUCAGUCA